AUGCCUUACUCCUUUCCUACUGUAUAUCGAUCGAAAGUUCAUAAUAAUAAUGUUUUAUUUUUACUGUCUCUGUUUGCCGCAGGUGUGUUAAGUAAUAUUCAAUGGAAUAGUGGCUCAUACACAGGCUGGAAUACAAAUUCCAACACCCCACCGACAAUCGUCACAUUGGGCAACAAUUUACACAUCUUUUUUCAAGACACGAAUGGUAACGGCCUUCAACAUAUUAUAUCAUCGGAUGCCGGUACCACAUGGCAGCAAGCUAAUCCAUUUCAUCCUCCAUUUACACUGAGUUCGGCUCCGUGUGCUUUAGUUUAUAAUGAGCAAAUACAUGUUCUGUUUCGAGAUGGGAAUGGCAACGGAAUUCUCCAUGCAUAUUCAACAGACGGCUCUACAUUCAUAGGCGAUACACCAUUUUACAUUGGUCAGAACUGUGACGGACAACCGCAAAUAGCAUCGUCAUCAUUAACAAACGGCAUUGUCGUUCUCGCUGCCGUCGACCAUGCCGGCAAUGGAAUAGUGAGAUCAACAACAAAUCCCUUACUGAUGGCCAGCAGCUAUUAG